AUGGCAGACUUCGAAUUCAGACACCACGCAGCCAACAAGGAGUUGGUCUGCUCAAUUUCCCGCCUUCUUAACGCCCAUGGAAUUCCCAAUCUCCUUUGGGGCGAUCUCGUCUUCAAUCUCUACGGAGUACCCCUCAAAGUCUCGGACUUCAGUUUCCUCGUCCCCGAUGAUCUGAUCGAUGAAGCGCGCGAUGUCCUAGAGGCAGCCAAGUUCCCCCUCUGCCAUCUCGGCCAGACAUGCCACGCCAUCCAGCCAAACCGCCCCGCCCCGCUCCCCUGCGCACACUUCAACAUCAAGCAGAAAGGCGAUCCAAACAGAUGGUUCAGAGUAGAACUGCACAGAAAGUCCGAUCUGCUCUGGAGGGCUCCGGAGAUCCCAGCCUGCACUCCCGACGACGACGAUCCGCACUACAUGCUCGGCGACGAUGCCAGGCUGCCAGAGUACUCGCCGCGAGAGCGUCUCGGCCGGAUGGACCCCUCCGACUACCCAGUCCAGAUACCGACGCCGAACCAGUACGCGGAGGCGCUGGCCAUGCUCUACUACCGCGAUGGGGUGCCGGGGCCGACCAACCGGGGAGGCUACUGGUUGGAUUUACAGAGCGAACUUGUCCAGACGGGGCUUGUGCAGCUGGACGACCUGCCUCCGCGCAUUAAGCGGCACUAUGAGCUGGUGCUUAAGGCGGACAUGAAGACGGUGCGCAGUUACAGCGAGGAAGUCGCGGGGCAAAUGAGAAAGGAAUUCGAGCUUCCGCUCCGUCUGCUGCCGCUUGAUACGGAUACGUUUGAGCCGGCGGCGGCGGUGGAGGGGUUUCUUUAA